AUGAAUUCUGUGUGCUGCUGGGCAUCCCAGCCUUUCUUUCCAAAGUCCUAGGUCCUGUGCUUUGUUUAUCCCUCCUGCAGGAGCUCCUGAGUAUCUUUAGGUACCAGCAAUGCCUGCAAUCCAACAUGUCAGUCCUCCUCCAGAGGAUUCACAUUCCCAAAUUCACUGUGUAUCUUCUUCCUCCAACUGCUCAUCACUACAAUCCUCUGUUUUUCACCCCCAUGCUGGCCCUGCUAUCCCCAGUUCUUGCUCUUCCCAUUGAAAACCUGGAGAGAUUUAAAGUAAAUUUUGAUGAAAUGGUUAAUAUCCAUUCCAAUGGGCCUCUUCCUGAUGAAGCUGGAGGGAUCAUCCAGUGGAACCAGGAAGCUGAUCCUCAGCAGGCACAGGGCUGCAGCAAUUGGCCCAAGGACUGCAAUGAGCUCCCUGCUAGCAGCCCCAAUGGCAUCUACAUCAUCCAGCCCACAGGACUGCAAACCAUCAUGGUCUACUGUGAGAUGAACAGGGAGGAUGGAGGCUGGACCAUCAUCCAGAGGAGCCACAGAGAUACUCCAGUCAGCUGGGACGAGUCCUGGAGUCGACACUGGAGCACCUACAAGUACGGCUUUGGAAUUGUACACACCAAGUUCUGGCUGGGCACUGAGUACAUCCACCAGAUCACCAGGCAGAAGGUCUACGAGGUCAGGUUUGUCAUCUGGGAUGCUUCAAAUAACAUGAAGUUUGCAGACUACAACCUGUUCAGCCUGGAUGAUGUCCAGAGCUACCAGCUGUGGCUGGGAGUGCACUUGGGGACAACGGAGGAUGCCAUGGCCUCCAAGGGCACGACCACUAUGCACAACAACAUGAAGUUCUCUGCUAAAGAUCGGGAUCAGGACACUUCUAAUGGGAACUCUGCCACCAGCUCUGGGGGUGGGUGGUGGUUCUCGGUGUGUUACUCUGUGCAUCUGAACUUCAGGGGCAUGACAUGGGGCAACCUGUGCCCAGAGAACUGCAGAGCCUUGGCCAUCCUCAUCAAACCCCCCGCCUACUGCUAG